CCCGACUUCUUCAAGAACAGCCAGUGCUCUUAACACGUGAGUAAUCUCUCCAGUCCCCCCCCCCUUCUUUUUUAAAACAUCGAAGUUUUAAAGAUUGUUUUUAACUCUACUGGACGGCUCACCAAACUCUGUGGCAUGCAAUGUGGUGUAGCAAGGACACGCAAAACACACAUUAGGUGUUUGCACCCUUGGUCCCAGGCAAUCUUCCUAACGCGGUCCAGAGAAGCCAGAACCUUAGACACCCUGUGUAGACGCCACAGCGCGCCCAGAGUCCCUCGGAUCCCUAAGUCCUGCCGGGAGCUGGGGAACCGCCUCAUUCUCCCUCAGACGCAAUCCAGAGCGGCCUUCCACAGCCAGACCCCACCCCUCGGCCACUUCUCGGAAGCGUCCCCGGUGAGCUCCGGCCGCUCUAGGCGGCUGGGGCGCUUCUCUCACGUGGCCUCCGCAACACCCCGGGGCGGGCGCUCCUCCAGCGCCAGGGGGCGCGAGCGGCGAAGGGGCCCUGCUGGCCCGCGGUAGUCGCUCGACUGCUCCCGCCGUGGGCCUGGCGAGCGCCGGCGUUUUCCAGCCACGCGCGGUCGCUCCAGGUGCCGCCGAGAUGGAGGGCCCGUUGGAUGCCGGGCCUCGGCGGGCGAGCGCUGCAGUCAGCACGGCCGGGUCCACGUCUUCGGGCCGCGAAGCGCGGGCUACUGCAAUGCCCUGGGCGCGCUUCUCGGCCUGGCUGGAGUGCGUGUGCGUGGUCACCUUCGAUCUGGAGCUAGGCCAGGCGCUGGAGCUAGUCUACCCAAGUGAUUUCCGGCUCACAGACAAGGAGAAAAGCAGCAUCUGCUACCUGUCCUUUCCAGACUCCCACUCAGGCUGCCUUGGGGAUACUCAGUUCAGUUUCCGUAUGCGUCAGUGUGGAGGACAGAGGAGCCCCUGGCAUGCCGAUGACAGGCCUUACAACAGCAAGGCCCCCUUGGCACUGCAGAGGGAGCCAGCACACUACUUGGGCUAUGUGUACUUCAGACAGGUGAAGGACAGCUCUGUGAAGAGGGGCUACUUCCAGAAGUCUUUGGUGCUGGUGUCCCGCCUGCCCUUUGUCCGACUGUUCCAGUCACUGCUAAGCCUGAUUGCCCCUGAGUACUUUGAGAAGCUGGCACCCUGCUUGGAAGCAGUUUGUAAUGAGAUUGACCAGUGGCCAGCCCCUGUGCCUGGGCAGACCCUGAACCUACCUAUCAUGGGAAUCGUCAUUCAGGUGCACAUUCCAUCCAGGGUGGACAAGCUGGAAUCCAGUCCUCCAAAGCAGUAUGACCAAGAGAACCUGCUGCCAGCCCCAGUGGUCCUCACUAGUGUCCAUGAACUGGAUCUGUUCAGGUGCUUCCGGCCUGUGCUGACCCAUGUGCAGACACUGUGGGAGCUCAUGCUCCUCGGGGAGCCACUAGUGGUUCUGGCACCUUCACCUGACAUGUCUUCAGAGCUGGUGCUAGCCCUGACUAGCUGCCUACAGCCCCUCAAGUUCUGCUGUGACUUCCGCCCCUACUUCACCAUUCAUGACAGUGAGUUCAAGGAGCUCACAACUCGCACACAAGCUCCACCAAACGUGGUCCUGGGAGUCACAAACCCUUUCUUUAUCAAAACACUCCAGCACUGGCCCCAUGUCCUCAGAAUUGGGGACCCCAAGAUGUCAGGGGAUCUUCCUAAGCAGGUCAAACUAAAAAAGCCUUCACGACUGAAGACCCUUGACACCAAGCCAGGCCUCUAUACCGCAUAUACUGCCCACCUCCACCGGGACAAGGCACUGCUUAAACGACUGGUCAAGGGUGUACAGAAGAAGCGGUCAUGGGAUGCACAGAGCGCCCUGCUGAGGAGGCACUUCCUGGAGCUCACACAGAGUUUCAUCAUCCCCCUGGAACACUACAUGGCCAGCCUCAUGCCGCUGCAGAAGAACAUCACACCCUGGAAGAGCCCCCCCCAGAUCCGCCCCUUCCACCAGGAUGAUUUCCUACGUAGCCUGGAGCACGCGGGACCCCAGCUCACUUGCAUCCUUAAGGGCGACUGGCUGGGCCUCUACAGGCGAUUUUUCAAGUCACCCCAUUUUGAUGGCUGGUAUCGGCAACGGCACAAAGAGAUGGCCCAGAAGCUGGAGGCCCUGCACCUGGAAUCUAUUUGUGAAGCGCAGAACAUCGAGGCCUGGAUAAAGGACAAGUCAGAGGUAGAAGUGGUGGACCUGGUCCUGAAACUUCGGGAGAAGCUGGUGCGGGCACAGGGCCACCAACUCCCUGUGAAGGCGGUAACACUGCGACGGACACAGAUGUACCUCGAUACAGUCAUUGGCUCCCUGCCCAAAGACCUGCAAGCUGUCCUGUGCCCUCCCUAGGACAGGGCCAACAUGUGUAGUCUAGGGUCUAAGCCUGCCAAGCCUCCUUAUCCCUUGAAGGCGGACUUCCACUACACUGGGGCUCCCAACAUUGGCUCCUAUCCUGACUGCAGCCCUCUCCCAGGACAUUUGUCCCAGCAGUUAAAAAAAAAAAAAGACAUUUGGAACCACAGCUUGGUCCCUGACUGUUGGGGGAUUCUAUGCUGGCUCUGCCUUGCCCCCUCCUGGGCCCCACCUGCCCUGUACAUCUGGAGGUGGGAGUGGCUGGUAUCCCUCACUGACGUAGGUGCCCUUGCUGCCUGUCCCCUCCUGGCUCCCAUCUGCCUACACUCCAAGAUGCCUUGUGUUUAGUGGGUCCUUUCGCCCACCAGGCUUCAGAACAGAGGGAGGCAGCCACCAGGGCCGGCCCCUCUCUUCGCAACCUACCUAUUCCUUCUUCUGGGGAAGGAGGGGUGCUUUGCCCAGGCAGCUACUUUGAGAGGGCCAAAGCUGCUUUGUCCUAUGAGGACCUGCAUCUGCCUGCUGUGUUUGAUCAGGGAUGGUGUAAAGCCUGGUACCCCCGCUGGGAAAGCAAAUUCAGCUUUUCCUUUGGGGGUUCUCACCAUAGUCCUUUCUCCCUCUCUUGGAACACCCCACUGGGCACCAGUUCCAUGUGUUUUACCCAGGCUGCUAAGGGACACUCUAGCUGUCUUUCCCUAUGAAGUUUGAGGGACUUUGGGCUCUAGCCUAGCCCCACAUUGCCUCUUCUGUUCUCUUGGCCUUUGUUAGGGUGCAGCUGAUCUCUUAGGCAGGGGUGAGUGUCCCUUGGAGGUGCUGUCCUGUGCCCUCCCUAGGACAGGACCAACAUGUAUAGUCCCAGGGGCCUAACCCUGUCAAGCUUCCCUCUUCCUUGAAGGUAGGCUUCCACCAAGGUGGGGCUCCCAGCCUUGGGAUCCUACCCUGGUUGCAGCCACACCCCAGAACCACCUUUGUCUCAGCAGUAAAAAUGACAUUUGGAACUAUA